UAAAAUUAUAAGUAAUUAAAAGUAGAAUUUAUUUUUAGGUAAAUUGUACAUGUGUACAUGUAAAUAAAUGAAAUAAUGGUUAUACAUAAAGCAUUUAUCUGAUGUGGUUUCUUACUUAUUAUAAAGAAUAAUAGAUAGGAAACAUGAAGGAGAACAUUGACAGGACCGUCGUAGAAUCUGAUAGUCCUAUAUCCAUCAUUAAACAGCCGAACGUCGACAGUUUGAUGCUCGAACGUCGAGAGAUGGAUACGAGUUUAGAUUCUUUGUACGACUUUACUAACUCGGAAGACGACGGUUUCGAAGAAGAUUUUGCGGAUCAACUUCAAGAUAAAAUAAGAGCAAAACUAAUAGAUGCAAAUAUUCAAUUUCAAGCUGAUGAAACACCAAUUGAAUCUGAUCGAGUUCGUCACGUGACCUUUCGUGAAAGACUUGUCGAUGUUGUAUCGUGCACUCCUCCGGUUAGUCCUGACUUUUCAGAGGAUGAAGAUAUAAAUGAGAAAAGCUUAGAAGAAAUUCAAACAGCAUCACAAAUACCAUCAUCCGAACAUUUUGAGGAUGAUGUAUACGGUUUUGAUAAUGAAUUUGUGCCAUUACUUUGUGAAAAUUCAAAGUUGGAAGAUAUAAGUGAAGAUAAUGAGUCAAAUUUAGAGGAUAAUUCUGAUGAUACUGUAGUUCAAGAAACAGUUCAGAAGGCUAAUGAACUCGAAUCAAACAAUAACAUCGAUGAUUACGAAAAUAAUAAUUUUGAAUCAGAUAAUGAAACUGAAAGUAAAGACUCUCAAUUAAAUGAUGAAAAUGUAGUUGAAAAUGUAGAGUCUCAAUUAAGUGAAGAAAAUAUAAUUGAAAAUGGUGAUCCUCAAGUUAAAGACGAGAAUGAAAAACAAGCCGAAAGUGAGAGUAAAAGGCAUGAGUUAAAUGAAGAAGAAGAACUUCAAUUAAAUGAUGAUAAGGAUCAGAUUGAUUUGCAAUGCAAAAAAGGAGAAUUAAUUGAUACAGACGAUUUAUUAUUAUGUAAUAAUGAUGUUGAAACUAAUGAACUUCAAUCAUAUGAGAUACAUAAUAACAAUGAUGAUCAUCAGGAAGAGAAGGAAUUGGAAAUGGAAGAGGUUAUACAAUGUACUCCAAAUGUAGAAGAAAGAUGUGAUUUCAAAACAGAAGAAAUAGAAAAUGAAGAAAUCAAGUAUGAUGAUGAUGAUGAUGAUGAAAAUGAUAUUUCUGAAUCUAAAAAUGAUAAUUUAAAAUCAGAAAAUUCGGAUGAUUACAUGCAAUGUGAUAAGCAUGAAGAUUUAAUUGAGGAAAUCAAAGAAAAUGAUUUUGAAGUUGAGGAUAAUUCAACUUUAUUGCAUAAUAAACCGGUUGAAGAGCAAAAAGUAGAGGUUUUAGAAGCUCCUGAAAGUAAAAUUUCUGUUUCUGAUGCUAUGUUGGCUUUAAAAAAAGAUAUAAAAUGUUGUCCUAAUAAUGCUCAAAGUAAACAUUCCAAAUCAAUGGAAGAAAUUUUAAAUCUGAAAAGAUAUGAACCUCCUACAAAUUCUACAUCUUUAUUCAAGAAUUUUAAAGAAUCCAAUUCGGCACUACCUAAAUCAUCGCCGAAGCACUCGAAAACAAAAGUGUCAUCUUCAAAAUCCAAACAGGCUGGAGAACAAGCUUCAAAAAAAUUACCAAAUUACAAGGGUAAUCCAAGAUCACAAUACGGGCUUUCUCAAGAAGAAUUAGAAGAAUUGAGACAUCGAAAUAAAGAAAAGGCUUUACAAAAGAAAAUGAAAGAAAUGGAAAUUGAACAAGAUAAGUUGCAAAGAAAAAGAGAAUCCGAACAAGCUUAUGAAGCUUGGCUUAUGAGGAAGAAAGCAGCAAACCAGACCAAAAGUACAGAAAAGAAUAAAGUCAGUGAUGAGAAAUCGGAACCAAAGAGAAACAGCAAAGAGGCGGACGAAGCUUUUCGAAUGUGGUUGGAAAAGAAAGAGGAGCAACUGUACGUAGACAAAAUAAUCAAUCAGCUACAAAAAGAGGAAACCUCGCAAGAUAAUCGUAAAAAAUUGGAUGCCAAUAAAGCAUUUAAAAAAUGGCUGAGAAAGAAACAAAGAGAACAACAUAAAGGAAAAUCUACAUCCAGACCGGUCGAUUAUUCAAACUCAUUACCUCUUUCUGCUCGUCAUCUUGAAAUGUUUGCUCAAAAAUUUUAUGCGUAUUUAGGGAGUGAUUUGUGAUAUGUACAUAAAUUUUAUAGAAAUUUUAUUAUUAUUUAUAUAUAUUAUUUAAUAUUUAGUUUGUUAUGGAUAUACAUAUACAGUAUUUAUAAUUUAAGCUUAAAUCAAGCAG